UGUCCAUUUUCCCUAUUUCUCUUCUCCCUCUCGCACGUCACUCGUUGACGUUUUUGAAGUACACCACUUUCUCCCUAAAACCCACAACCCUUCUUUUCUCUUCUUCUACGUAACUCAUACGCUCAAUUUCUACAAAUAUAUUUGCUUCAAAUAACUGUAUUGUGGUUCUCUGAUCUUCUUCUGAUUCGAUGUCGGCUAGAACAGUGAAAGUGAGCAAUGUUUCUCUGAGUGCAUCGGAGCAAGAUAUCAAGGAGUUCUUUUCAUUCUCCGGGGAUAUUGAAUAUGUUGAGAUGAUGAGUGAGAAUGAGCGAUCUCAAAUUGCAUAUGUCACAUUCAAGGAUCUUCAGGGUGCAGAAACUGCAGUUCUUCUUUCUGGAGCAACAAUUAUUGAUCAGUCGGUCACAAUAGUACCUGAACCUGACUACGAGCUGCCUCCUACAGCUCUAGUGCCAAUCAAGGCAACUGAGAGUGCUAAUGCAGCUGGUGGUGGAUCUGCUAUUCAAAAGGCAGAAGAUGUUGUGAGCAGCAUGUUGGCAAAGGGCUUCAUCCUGGGCAAGGAUGCAGUUAACAAAGCCAAGACUUUUGAUGACAAACACCAGUUCACAUCCACUGCCUCAGCAAAAGUUGCUUCUUUAGACCAAAAGAUUGGCCUUAGUGAGAAAAUUAAUUUGGGAGCAACGAUUGUGAAUGACAAAGUGAAAGAAAUGGACCAGAAGUUCCACGUUUCUGAAAAGACAAAAUCUGCUCUUGCAGCUGCUGAGCAGACGGUUAGCACUGCUGGAUCUGCCAUCAUGAAGAACAGAUAUGUGUUGACAGGGGCAUCUUGGGUUACUGGUGCUUUCAAUAAGGUCACCAAGGCUGCAGGAGAAGUGGGCCAGAAGACGAAGGAAAAGAUGGCAGAAGAACAACAGGCAAAAAAUUCGGCUGAAGGUUAUGUGCCAAUACAUGCUCUUUCAGAGACCCCAAAAGCUUCCAAGACCGAGGAACCUACCAAGCCAUCUUCACCUAAGGGAUUAAUCCUCUAGCUUAUUCAAAUAAAUUUUAUUAAACUAUUUUGCUAUUUCGCUCGUCUCAUCUUUUAGCGGGUCAUUGUGUUAUGGUUAGAUACCUAGAUAUGCUAGUUAUAGAUAAAACGUCCUGUAAGUUUGAUGCAUAGAACGAUAGUUGCUGAAGCUUUGAAUUCCUGUCAAAUUCUCAUCUUUAUCGAACAUUUGCGUAUGGAUUGGUCAUUUUGUCUUUUGGAAACAGGCAGCUACCUGAGGUUUUACUGCGACAAUUUUACAAUUGUCAUGAACUUUGACCUGAUUA